GGAGGGGAAGGUGGGGGUGGUUAGAUGAAUAAAGUAAGGCAAGGGAUUGAAUUUGAGAGGAACUGGAAGGAGAACAAACUAGGUGCUUAGAUUAGUGUGAGUCUGGCUUCCGGAUUCUUUGGGAGAAUGUUGAAGGGCGGAACAGGAAAAACAAAAUUUAGGAAGAUAAAAGGCUUAAGGAGGAUCUAGGACCUGAAGGGGAAGGCUGAUGGUAGUUGGCAAGAGGAAGGAAGGUUAAAAGAAAAAUAAAGUGGAACAAUGAGAGGUUAAAGUCAACUGGUGAAGCAGACUGGCAGGUGAGGCAACUGAGGCAACAAGUCUGAGGUUGAUGAGAGUCCAAAGGGAAGGGGUGUGUGGCUACAUCAUUGAUAAGACCAAGGAAAGGAAGCCAUGACAGUUCUUGCUUUAUGUAAAUUUGCAUUACAUAAAGAAUUUCACAUUCUAAAAAAUACUUAUUAACUUUACUGUAUAAUAUUGUGCUCUCUCCUUUCCCACUCCUCAGAGGCCCCUUACCCCCCAAAAAACCCCUUUGAGUGAAAGUAGAACCAAAAAACUGCUGCCACCCCAUGGAGGCUUGGCUUGAGACCUCUACUGCUGAGAGAGACCUUUGCCCCAGGUUGCUCACUUGCCCAAGCCCCAAAGUGGUUGGUCUCCACUGACUCUUGUCCCUUCUCCUGCUCCGGCUUCUUUGUGCCUGGCCUUCACGUGUCCCCUGUGCCAGCUGCUUCCCUGCCUCCCUUCCCCACAUCCUAGAGCAAAAGCAUAUUACAUAAAAAUCGAUUUGCAGAGUGGUCCACUUCCUUAAAGUGAGAACUGUCUCUAAGUUAUUGAUAAUAAGUUAUUAUCAAUAAGUUAUAGUGGUAAUUGGCCUACAACUUGGGGCUUCAGGUUGGGGUACAAGUCUCAAAAAAUAAGACUGAAAAUUCUAACACAUGGAGAGUAAGGAAAACUGUAGGAAUUGCGCUGAGAGUGCAAUGGGUAUAUUUCUGCUACAAACAAAUGCUACUGCCUACAUUCCAGGGGCAGGCUUUCUUCCCCUGGGAGGAGCCAGGGAAAAGAUGAAAAAAUGGGAAGAAGACUUCUCUUUACAUGGACAGGGAAUGUUCCUGGAGGAAACAGCAGCGAGGCUUUAGUGGAGUGACAAGAGUGGAGGCCUGGGAGGACCAGGGACAGCUACACACCCCAAGCCCUAGAAUAGACUUGGAGCUAGCUCUUAGUGAAGGGAAGGGGGGGAUGCUCAUGUGACCUUGGGCUGCCUUAAGAGAGGUGGCAGAGAAUCCAGAAAUAAAGGGUCUUCUGCCAGGGUCAGACCACAUUUGGAUGAUUGUGUUCAGUUUGGACCACUACACUGUGAAGAUACUGGUGUCCAGAAGAAGGCCAGGAUGAUGAAGGGCCUUGAGAUCUGUAAACCUUAAAAUUUCUUAGACUUAUAAAUGUUGGAAAUUUCACCAUUGGGAAAUUUCAUACUUGAAAAAUUUCCUAUUGAUAGUGGGUCUUGGCUAUUGGAAUGUGAACCCCAUUGGCAUGGGAGGUUCCUCCUCCUCCCUUCUUAAGAUUACUUUAGGACAGAAACCUUUUGCUGAACAAUGGAAAGGACUUUGACCUAUGCUUAAGCAUAGAACAGGAAUUUCUUUGAGUCAUGAUUGAUUUUAGAAUUGAUACAAUGGAGAUACUUGGAAUCAAUCUCCACCCUACUCAGUCCUAACAGGAUUUAGGAAGGGCUGCAGCAUAGAUCAAAAUUUAAUUAUUCCAAUCUCUACCCUACUCAGGGUAACAGGAUUUAGGAAGGGCUGUAGCAAAAGAUCAAGAUUUAAUUAUUUGAGAAUAUGACCUUCAACAGACAUGUGCAAAGCCACAGACCUCUGGGGGGUCCUGGGUUAAGCUAGAGCCACCAUUGGCACAGGGAAAAUGAUGGACAGUGAUUGGUAGAUGGGAGAACUGAGGGGAGAGAACUUGGAUGGUUUCCUUAAAGAUAGAGGGGUCUGAGGACUGGGGGGUGGUGGGAGAGUUUUGGCUCUGAGUGGUUGGAGAGGUGCUCUUGAGAAGCUUGCUCUGAAGGAAGCUGGAGGUGGAGGCCCCGGAGACUGUUUCUCCAUUUUGGUCACGUGAGUAAUAGGGACUGAUCUCCUUUCUUUGUCCCAGCUAUCUAAGGGCUUGGGCCUUUUGGCCCAGCCUAAACAGAGGGGGUAUUUAAGCCCUAUUCCCUUCUCUCCCCUUUCUCUCUCUCUCUAUCUCUAAUUCCUUUCUUCCUCAUGUUUGUAAUUAAACUCUAUAAAAGGCUGACGGCUGACUUGAGUUUUCAUUUAGGAAUUACAUAGCUGAAUUCCUUGGCGACCUUAAAUUAACAUAUAUCAGUCUUUUAAAGUGAUUUCCUUGUCACAGAUCAUGCUAAUAAAGGGUCAGUUGAAGGAAUUAGGAAUGUUUUGCCUGGAGAAGAAAAGUCUCAGGAGAGAGAUUUUAAAAUAUCUGAAGGACAUCUAGGUUGCAUAGUGGUUAGAGUACCAGACCUGGGGUUUGGGAGGACCUGGGUUCAAAUUUGGUCUCAGACAUUUUCUGUGUGACCUUGAGCAAGUCAUUUAAACCCCAUUGCCUCACCCUUACUGCUCUUCUGCCUUGGAACCAAUGGGAGUAUUGAUUCAAAAGGUUUUUAAAAAAUGUAGAGAAACUAUCCAGAGCAUUCCUCUGUCAGAAGGAAAACGAGGCUGGUCUUGUGAGACCUGUUCUUGAUGAAACCAGGCUGGUUCUUUAGAAUCACUCCUUCCUCUUCAGAAUUAACAUUAGGCAGGUAGUCUAUUGUCCCUCAAAUGGAGAAUGGCUGAACAAAUUGUGGUGUCUGAUGGUGAUGGAAUACUACUGUGCUGUAAGGGAUCAUGAACUGGAGGAAUUCAGAAAGAGCUGGGAAGACCUCCAUGAACUGAUGCAGAGUGAACAGAGCAGAACCAGGAGAGCACCAUACACAGAAAGUGAGAGACUUUGCUAGUAAUAGCACUACAAUGACCCAGGGCAAUUCUGAGGGACUUAUGAGAAAGAACGCUGUCCAUAGCUAGAGAAAUAAAUGUGGGAGUAGAAAUCCAAAAGAAAAUAUAUAAUUUAUCACUUGUAUGUAUGGGAUUUUGGGUUUAGGUUUUAAAAGAUUAUUAUAAAAACAAACAAUAUGGAAAUAGGUUUUGAGUGGUAACACAUGUGUAACCCAGUGGAAUUGCUUGUCCACUCUGGGAAUAGGGAGGGAGGCAACAUGAAUCAUGUAACCAUGGAAAAAUAUUUAAAGAAUAAAAUUAUAAUUAAAAGCUAAAAAAAAAAUAGUUUAGAAUUUUCCCAGAAAUCAAAGUCAAGUUCUUUGACCUCUCAUUUGCAGUUCUUUUUUUCUUCCCACACUUGUCCUCCUGUCCUGCUGUAGCUCUCCUUUGCUCCAUCACCUUUCAAAAGUCACUCAUCAUGGAGCAGCAAUUGAAAGUUAGACCUAUUCAAAGAACAAUUUGACAUCUGAGUGGACCCCAGCAGCUUUUGCAAUAGUCCAGGCAGGAGAUGAUGGGAGGCCUGCACUGAGGGGAUGGUAGGCAGUGUCAGAGGAAAGAAAGGGGCAAAUUGGAGAGAUAUAAAGCUGACGCCAAUAGGCCUUGACAACAGAUUGUUCCUGGGUGGGGGAUGAGAGAGUAAGGAGUCCAGGAUGAUUUCUAUGUUAUGUGACGAUACAGCAGAGGAUCCUGGAGAGGAACCAUUAGAUGCGGAGGAGAAUUGUGAAGAAGCCUAACAAACCAGAGAAGAGAGAGCCCAGGUGCCUUGGGGCUCCUUUCUCCCUUCUGGUUGGCACUGGGGUCAGAGGCUGAGCUGUGGCACUAGGGAAGCCUGGAUUCUUCCUUCUAUAUCUCCCAGCUUUGUGGCCUGUCCCAGCUAGUUGCUCCCCUCUCUGAGGGUGAGUUUCCUCAUCUGUCAGAGGUGAUGGUGGUAUUUGUAGUAUCCUCCUCCUGGGGCGGAGGGUCCUGCUUUGUCUCCUUGGGCAGCCACCGUCUACCCCUGAGAAUUCUGGAGCAGCCUGGUGCUGGCAUGAAGGAAGCCCAAAGGUAAGUGAGACUGGCAUGGCCACUCUCUGCCCCCUCUGCCUUCCUGCCCCAAGCCAGACCUUUCCCACUGGGUGGUCCCAAUAGACUCUGCAGCCAGAGACUAAACAGUUCUCCUUCACUGCCCACCAGCCGGUCUUCUCUGGCCUCCUCACUGGGGGCCUGCUGUGGCGGCUUCUGCAGAGUUUAUUGUGCUUGGCUGGGAUGGUCUUGGCUCCAGCUCCAGGAGGUGCCCUGCUGCUGUGACUACCCAGCAGGGGUUCAGGGCUGGCUUCUGGACUCACAGGGAGCCACACUCCCUACACAUGAGCUUCUUUCAGGAGUGCCAUGUGCUCUGGCCAGCCAUGCAGCACUUGCCCCUGGAUUCCUUUGCCCAGCCACAUCUUUGAAAGGGCGUCUCUGUUCCCUGUGCUGGGUCUCUGCCUGCUCGUGGCUCACCCUGGGCAGGCUGACCUUUUCUGACCCAGGCCUCUCCAGAGCCCCUUCCCUGCCCUGUUCUGGGUCUUCCCUCUCUUCCUGGUUCCCUCUCCUCGACACUUCCCUUCCUUUUGUGCUGGGCCCCAGCUGUCUGCCACUGGUCCUAAGUGGGGUUCUUGCCAGGCCUCUGCCCUGAUCCCUGGCCUCUCCUCUGUGCCAUCUCCCUUGAGGACCUCAGCAGCAAUCCUCUUGAUUCCCUGAUCCAGCCCUGAUUUAGCUCCCAGGCAGCAGCCCCCCACCAGCCCCCGCCAGCUUGUCAAGAGGAUGGAAGGAGAGAAUGUAAAGCAUCAGGUUAGCACAGUGCCUGGCACAGAGGAAGCAUGGUCUCACAUGGAAUGUCCCAGAGUCCUCUCAAGGGCAUCCUGUGCAAACCGAGCUCAGUCCUGGGCUUCCUACGGAUUCACAGCCUCAGGCAUCCCAAAGGCCUCAUCUCCCUCGUUCCCCCUCCUGCACCGCCACUCCCAAGGCCACCGUCCCAGGCCCAGAGCUGAGUGUGACACCCUGCUCAGACCCCUGGCUGUGGGGAUAAAAUGCCAUUCCCUCAGUUUGGCCUUCAAGGCCCUCUCAACCGCCUUGCCAGUCUGUUUCAUCCUGUGGUUCUUAGUGUCUUCUCCAUUGCCGUCAGACUGGCCAGCAUCUCCUGCCCUCCCUCCUCCUCGAAUUCUGAGCUCCCCUCCAAAGCCCAGCCCAGCCACCAUAUCCUCUCCUCUGUGAGACCCUCCUACAGCCCUCUUCUCUGCCGAGAGCUCUUGAAAUGCCUAUGUAUGUGCUUUGUUUUCACUUAUCUGGGCUAUGGUAUCAUGGAAGGAGCUGGGCUCAGAUCCCACCUCCACAUUUUCCAGCUUUGUGGUCUGGGACCUCAAAGGCUCCUUCCAGCAGAGCAUCGUUUCCCCCACCCCAGUCUAGGAUGCAGGGUGCUGUUCCUUUUCCUGACUGUAAGUUCCUUGAGGGCAGGAGCACCUUCAUUUUUCCUCUGUAUCCCCAGCACUCCCCGUGUUGUCUGGCACCCAGGAGGUGCCUUUUCAGUGGCGUUCCCAGCAAACCCCAAGCUGGGAGGUAUGUAAUAGGACUCCUCUCUGGGGUUAGUUGUUUAGCCAUUUCCAAUUCCACGGGCCUACUUUAUGUACCAGCCCCAAUUGAUCGCUGUAUUAUCCAUGGUUUAGCUCUUCUCCCUGACCCUCAUUUUCCUGAGCUGUGCCCUCCUUCUCCCAUUGUGUCCCAUGGAUGUAGGCUGUGCCCCAGAACUGCCCUAGAGGACUGUUGGGGAAGGAGAGAGAGGAGGGGGAGCUUCUUCUGUACAGAGGGGCUCUGAGCCUCCCUAGCCCUGGAACUGCCUUUGGCCAGGAAAAGCCAGCUCAUGUGGGUGGUCAUGGUUUACAGCAUAACAAGGGCUCUCCUUAUGGCAGGAAUUAAUUUUGUUCCCAUUUUAUAGGUGUUGAAACUAAGCCUCGGAGCAGUUAAUUGCCCCAGGUCACUGUGUGCCCAGCCUGUCUGAGAGUAUGAUCGCUUGGGCUUUCUUCUGAAAUUGGACUCCAAACUGCCUGCCGAGUUAGCCACAAAGUAUGCCAACCUGUCAGACGGGGCUUGUAAGCCUGGCUACGCAUCUGCCCUGAUGACAGCCAUUUUCCCCAAAUUCUCCAGGCCUGCGCCCAUGUUCUUGGAUGACUCCUUCCGCAAGUGGGCCCGCAUCCGAGACUUCGUGCCACCCUUUGGAAUUAAAGGGCAAGAUAACCUGAUCAAAGCCAUCCUGUCAGCCACCAAAGAGUAUCGCCUGACCCCUGCCCUGGACAGCCUCAGCUGCCGCCGUUGCAUCAUCAUAGGGAAUGGGGGCGUCCUUGCCAACAAGUCCUUGGGAGCCCGGAUCGAUGACUAUGACAUCGUGGUCAGGCUGAACUCCGCACCGGUGAAGGGUUUUGAGAGGGACGUUGGGGGCAAGACCACCCUGCGCAUCACCUACCCGGAGGGCGCCAUGCAGCGGCCAGAGGAGUACGAGAAGGACUCGCUCUUUGUCCUGGCUGGCUUCAAGUGGCAAGACUUCAAGUGGCUCAAGUACAUCGUCUACAAGGAGAAAGUGAGCGCUUCGGAUGGCUUCUGGAAGUCCGUGGCCACUCGGGUGCCCAAGGAGCCCCCCGAGAUACGAAUCCUGAACCCCUACUUCAUCCAGGAGGCCGCCUUCAGUUUCAUCGGACUCCCCUUCAACCAUGGCCUCAUGGGCCGGGGGAACAUCCCCACGCUGGGCACGGUGGCGGUGACCAUGGCCCUGCACAGCUGUGACCAGGUGGCGGUGGCCGGCUUCGGCUACGACAUGAGCUCGCCCAACGCCCCCCUUCACUACUACGAGUCCAUUCGCAUGGCAGCCAUCAAGGAGGUAAGCGCCGGGCCUUUGCCUGGUCUCAGGGCGGGGAAGGAGGCCGCCCACCCCAGGCUGGGCUUCAAAGGCAAACGUGUCCUCCUGCUGGCGCUCCAAGCCGGGAGGGCGGCGGGUCCGAAUCCCCACAGCUCUGAGGAAAUGAGCUUUCGUUGGCCUCCGAAUGGAGACUCGGCCCUUCUGAGCCAAGCGAUGCAGGCCUGCUUAGCGGCGGCCGGUGGGGCCCACGUUGGACCAGAGGAAGGAGCAGCCAGGCAGGGGCCUCGAGUUGGGGGAGCCCCAGGCUGGGAAGGGCCCAAGUCCAUGCCCAGUGAGGCCGGCUGGAGCAAGGAUUGCAGAACAGGGCUCUGUUAGAGGAGUCGGAGCUGCCCCCAGGUCGAAUGAGCUCUGGAGGAAGGGAGGGAGCUUCCUGUCCACAGGCCUCGGCCUCUCUGGGUAACCCCCUUUGAUUCUGCCGGUGGCCAGUGAGCCCCGAACCCCCUCCCCCAUUUCUGAGCUGCCUCGUGCCACAAGACUCCACAGAGUCCUGGAGGUCGGCCCGGGUUUCUCCUGUGUGUGGGAACUGUUGGACAAGGUGGUUCUUCUGUUUUCCCGGUACGGAGGAGGCUCGGGGCUCGCCCUCCCAGCUCCUGCUCAGACUGGCAGGCUCUUCCUUUCGGGGGUGACCCUGUGGUGCCAGGGGGUGUCACGUGGCCUCAGAACUCGAGCUGGAGAGCUCACAGACCCCCUCGGCCGUCACCUUCCGUGUCCUGGGGGGACCUGAGGCCCAGAGGAGGAGGCAGCACAGCAGGACCCAGUCUGGGCUCCAUUCUUUGAGGCUCCUGCCGUGGCCAGGAUGGGAGGCCGCCAGGGGUCUGGUCUGCGGCUGCUAGCUGGGGUUCAGAGGCUGAGGCCCAGGGAAACGGGAUGGGGCCAUGGCAAGGGGACCUGCUGGUACCCAGGGAGAGGCGAGGGCAGGCCCAGAGAUGGUGUACGUGGGGGUUAUGGGAGGGCCUGGAGUGCCAAACAGAGGAGUUUGACUUUCAUUUUAACAAGUCCAGCGGGCUUCCAGGUGAGGUAAUGAUCUCCCCAUCCAUAAGGUCUUCAAGCUCACUUCUGAGGGAUGUUGCUUCUAGGAGGGGUUGGAGUGAGUUCCCUGUGAGUUUGUGGGUGUUCUUGGAUGAGGAGGUGCCUGUGAGCACAGUGGCCACAGGGUCUCCCCGGAAAGCACUGCCCAGCCUGGAGACUUGCCAGCGGGAGCCCCAGGGGCCUACUGAGCAGGCCCCGUGUCCUGUCCAGUCUCCUCGUCCCAAGCUGCCCCAGUCACUGGGGGGACAAGCAGCAAGUUCCCAGCAGGUCUCCCCGCAGCCCCUGCCCGAGGCCUAAUGCACCCCGACUCCAGAUGCCUUCCCUGGCUGGCCUCUCCUUCAGGAAAAGAGGCCAUCCCAGGUCAGGAAGGGGGUCCCCCCGCAGGCCAGGUGCCCGGGGUGGCUGCAGCUCCCUGGGCCUCCUGCCCCACCAUGGCCCCUGCUGCAGCGCCCACUUCCCUCCCCUGGCAGUGCCCACACUGAGCCAAUGCAGCGUCUUCAUCCCCCGAGAAAGACUGGUCACGGUUUUAUCACCUCAGAAAUGAGAAAAAUUCAGCCCAGAGACACCCCUGCUGCCGCACCCAUUCCCUGCCCCUCGCCCCAUCCCUGGGUGCACAGUGACCCCCCAGGGCUGGACAGAGAGGAUGCCACCUAUGGCCAAAGGCUCUGCCCAGGCCCAGCUUCUGAGGAAGCAGCCUCCAGCCCUGGCCCGAAGCCCGGCACAAGGAAGGGCUUCUGGCCCACCCGAGUACCGACCCCGAACCCGGCUUCUGGGGGCCAGCAGGACGCGGGGUCAGGGAGGGAGGCAGGGUCGGGCCCCCCUCACCGCGCUUCUCCUCGUUGCAGUCCUGGACACACAACAUCCAGCGGGAGAAGGAGUUCCUUCGGAAGCUGGUGAAGGCCCGCGUCAUCACCGACCUCACCAGCGGCAUCUGAGGGCGCACGACGUGGCACUCGACGCCGCAGCCUCCCCGGAGGCCAGGCCCGGCCCGUGACAGCAGAGCCGCCUUCCUGCCUCGUCCCUGGAGCCCCGGAUGGAUGGGCAGCUUCUGGGGCCAAGUGCCAAGGGCCGUGGGGGCAGGAGCCGCCCCCAGCCAGGGCCCCCGGGGCCAGCCUCCGUCUGCCCAGACUCUCUCCAGGUGGGCCUCCUGCAGACACUUGCCCCAGACUGGGCCUUGCCCGGGACCAAGGAGCCCUGCCUGGGCCUAAGGAAGCUCCUGGGCCCGGGGGACUUGCCUGCCCUGAGGGACCUGCCCGGCCCAAGCGGGGCCUGCCCGAGGCCAAGGGGCCCUGACUGGCUGGCUAGCAGGGUCUGGCCUUCCGGGCCCCUGGGAGGGUCUCUUCCCACAGUGUUUGCUGUAUUUUAUUUUAUUUUGUGGAUGCAGAGUUGGGGGUGGGAGGGGGAGGAGGGGGAUAAUUUAUUUUUUAAAGAAGGCUGAAGACAUGAAGUCUGGUUAAUGUCUGGCAGAGGAUUGCAGGGCACGUCCGGGGGGGAAAGGGGGGCGAGAGGGUCUGAGGAGUCGUGGGGAGCGGUGGGGGUCUGCCCCUGGCAGAAAGGGAGGCUUGGAGCCGGCCAGGGAAGGGGAGGGGGGAAGCCCUCGUUCUCUCCGCACCCCGAGCCCUUGGAGCCUCGCAAGGUCCGGAGAAGAGGCCCAAGCGCUCAGCUGCAGCUGCCGCCGGGGCCCAGGCCCGCUCCUCGUCCCCAAGGACCUCGUGGACCCGGAGUCCGAGGGGAUGGAGGCGGCUGCUCGUGUGGGAUCCAGGCCAGAGGGCCGGCCCGGCCAGGAUGAGCAGGAGCCUGUGCUAGCCCUUCUCCGGGGCCGAGGAGCAAUAAAGCUACAGCAGUCUGGCUGGUUUCUUCCUCACCUUCUCCCCUGGCGGGUCUCGGGCCCCCAGCCUGGUGCCCCCUGGCUGCCUCCCCCACUCAUCCCUGGGCCCCAGGCCGCCAUCCCACCCCCAGCUCUAACGGGCAGUUGGCCCCCCACGGUGUCUGACCAUCAGGCUCCCCGCUCAAGGCCAGGCUGUCCUGGAAGCCGGGGCCUUUGCCGGAAUGCAAGACCACAUUUGGCUUUUCCAGAGGUCAAGCCGGAAGUGGGCCCCAGGCCCCGGCUCUAAGCUCGGCCCAGCCCGGGCCCAGGAGAUCUCUCCAGAAAUUGGAGGCUGCCGUGGCCAUCCCGAGAGCCCUGCUGCCAAAGCUGCUGCCUUGUCCGGGCUCUGCCCCGAAGGAGAAGACAGCCCCUGGCCUCUCCUAGCAGGAAUUCCCCACGCAGGGGCUGUCUAUGGGGGCUGGGGGUGAUGUCCCCCCUCCCUCUGGCCCUGGGACGGUAGAGCCCUCAUCACGGGGGCCCAGAUCAAUGUGGUGAGUGACUACAGAGCCUGGGACUCUGUGGGGAAUCUCUCCUAUGGAGCCCGAAGAGUGUGCCUCAGUGUCUCAGGAGGAAGCACAGCAGCCAGAUGGGGCCCUUAUAACACUGGGGGUGGCCCUGGGGCCUGGCUGACCCACAGAUGGGCAAUAACAAGCAAUACCUUUUCCCUGGAGGGAGGCAGGAUGGCAGCCCGGGUUCAGGUUAGGCAGGGCCUUAGCCCCGAGGACCCCGGGGUGCAGGGAGUCGGGCUCUGGUUUUCUGGAGGUGGCCAUUCAACCCUCAUGAAACCCCCUCUGCAGGAAGCGCACGAUUCCCCUUCCCCUCACAGGGCUCUCCCUGCCCCCUGGGCAGUGCCCUGCACAGAGCGGGCACCUAGACCUCAGCCUGCCAUAUUGUGGUUCUUUCCCCAGGCAGCCCAUUUCCCUCUUGGACAGCGCGCGCCCUCAUGGGAGAAAGCGUCCACCACCUCCUCCGCUUCUCUCCCUCCCAUCCUCCCCAAGGGCUGCUCCGCCUUGGGAGCAGAGACGUGCCAACUGGCCGUCCUGGCAGGCUCCAAGGGAGGAUCUCUGGGUGGCCCAGUGCCUAGAGCCUCAAACUUGCAGUCCAGUCCUGUCUGCCACUAGCUGUGUGACCAGUGGCAAGUCACUGUCUGAGCCUCAGUUUCCUCAUCUGUAAAAUGGGGAUAACCAUAGCACCUACCUCCCAGUAUUGUUGUGAUAUCAUAUUUGUAAAGCACUUAGCACAGUGCCUGGCACAUAGAAGGAGCUUAAUAAAUGCUUGUUUUCAUCCUU